AUGGAGAUUAUGGUCAAGGGGAAGCGCACCUAUAGCCUCAUCAACGACGUCCUCUACAACCCAGAUGCCGGAGUCAACCUUUUGUCAGUUUCCAGCUUCCUAAAAAAGGGACAGGAAGUCAUUUGCACCUGGAAAAAGCUUCAACCUCAGCUGGUUAAAUGCAAGAUGAUAAGAUGCGAUGGCUGCACCAACUACCGCGUCCUCCUCGCCGAUGGGACAAUCCACACCACAAAUAAUAUGGUAGUUGAUGAGCGCUGGGAUUGCACUGCCCUUACUCUCCUCCGUCUCCUCAACUAUCCCCCGCACUAG